AUGUUAAAAAUACGCAUUAUAUUAAAGGGUAGCGUUAGAAGGUUGAAUACCCAAUGGUAUUAUGCAACAGAUAUACCAUGCACGAAACCGUAUGACCCCGAUUAUGAACCUCCAUCAGGUCCUCAGAAGUUUGAAAAAUUAUCAAAACAAGACUCUUGUGCAUUAGAGAAAAGAUAUAGAGUGCGCUUAUCAAAGAUGACAUCCAAUGGUGAGAACAGAUCUGCCACCAUUCAAGUCGGUGAAGACAAUCUGUAUACUAUCAACCUUGACACAUUUACUAUCAAACCAACAUAUUGGCAUGGCCCAACCUAUGAGGUAAGAAGAGGACUAUGGUUCAACUCUAAUGGAACUCCCCUGGCUCCUCAUCUGUGUUCUGAAUUAGAAACUUUAUCUGAUAAUAAAGUUGAAGUACAGAAAUUACAAGGUACAUACAAUGAAGGCAAAUAUGUAUUAUUCAGUGAUGAGAACAGUAACGCAGGCUUCAUUCUUAAGAAUUUAGAUGGUGGGAAACUAUUUCUCAAUUACUUGAAGUCCGGAUUGGGCUCUUAUAUUCCUAUAAAUGGUGUUGCAGUAUAUAAGGGAGAAAAGAAACCAAUAGGCUUUAAAAACAUUGAUAAAAUGCUAGUCACAUCACUAGGUACAGAUAAUAGCAUGUCUAGUCAUGACAAUAGACAUCUUGAUGAGAAGCCAAAAGAACAGCCUUCUGUAUUGUCCAAUCUUACAAGUUGGGAUUUAUUCGAAAAUAUGCCAGCAAUAUUUAGUACUACAGGGUCAGACAAAAAUCCUGAUAAUCCUAAUAUAGAUGAGGAUUAUAUGAACCAAGUUCAAUUAAAUGGAAAUCCAACAAACACCAAACGAAAAAUUAGAGACCUGGUACUAUGUGUGCAUGGGAUUGGUCAAACGUUAGGUAAGAAAUAUGAAUAUGUUAAUUUUGCUCACACGGUUAACUUAUUGAGAUCAAAUAUUAAAACUUUAUAUUCUGAGUCUGAUCAAUUGAAAGAGUUAAACAGAGAGAAAGGGAACAGUGAUUGGGAGACAAAUCCUGGUAUCCAGGUUCUUCCAAUCACCUGGAGACAUUCGAUUAAGUUUAAGACAGAUCCCACAGAGGAUGAUAUAUGUAACCCUGAAAUCCCGGCGUUAGCUGAUAUUACUGUUUCAGGGAUCCUCCCUUUACGAAAAUUAAUGGGGGAUGUUGCACUCGAUGUCUUAUUAUACGGUGAAGAGUACUACAAGAAAAUUAUCCUAGACACAGUUAUGAAAGAGUUAAAUGAUACUUACACUUUGUUUAUGAAGAAGAACCCCGACUUUAAUGGGAGGGUACACCUAAUAGGACAUUCCUUAGGAAGUCUUAUUCUAUUUGAUAUGAUAUCUCAACAUAGACAUUAUAAAUUAAAAUUCAAUGUAUCACAUUUCUUUGGCAUUGGAUCGCCAGUAGGUUUAAUAAAACUUGUUGAACGAACAAGAAUUGGUCCCAAGAAGGGCCCUAAACCUAAAUCAACUCUGAAAGUAAAUAGACCUAACUGUGAGGAGUUCUACAAUUUAUAUCAUACGUGUGAUCCCGUAGCAUAUAGAGUAGAACCAUUAAUUGAUACUAAAUUAUCACAGUUCGAACAAUCAUAUUUACCUCAUUGGUCAGAGUUAGAUGGGUUUACGACUAAGAUGAUUGAAAUGAGUGGAAACCUUUGGGACGGAUUACCUGCUGGGAAACAGUUACCUGGAAUGAUUGAAAAUUCUGAAAAUGAUUCUGAAACAGAGGAGCUACCUAAAAAAAAUGAUGAGAUGAGAGUUACUGGUGAACUCCUGAACAUUCUAACUUCUCUGAACCAUAGUGGAAGGGUAGAUUAUGCACUCAAACCCAACCUCUUAGAGGUAGAUGUAAUAUCAGCUCUAAAAUCUCACGUAUCAUAUUUUGAAGAGACGGAUAUUGCGGGGUUCGUAAUGAUGGAACUACUUAAAGAACAUCAAAGGGCUGAAGAAAUUGUUGCGAAAAAGAUAUGA